AUGGGAAAUACGCAGUCUACCACCCGGUCUGCUAACUACCCAAAAGGAGCACGACGUUCGCAUCGGCUGUCAAAGCCACGAACAAGCCAACCAGCUAAUACGUUCAGGGAUAUAGAAGACCUGAUAAAUUCUUCACUUCUAAGUCCAUGCAGCUUGUCUAGUCCGUACAGCCCAGGCAGCCCAUGGCCCGAUUCCCAUCCUAGGCAUUCCCAGCGGGCUACGGCACCAAUCGACGGAAUCCUUUGUGCAGAGCCUUCAUCACCACAUUCUCCUCAUCAUAGUCGUUGUUCGGGAAGUCAGGGUGUUGGUGACGAUGGCAAGACUCGAUCUAAUUUUGGCGAAAUAAUGGGUGAACUCAAACGACGACUGUCACAAUCAGGCUCACGGUCACGAGGUUCCCGGUUCUCUCAUACUCCAGAAUUAGAUCAAGUCGAUAUACGUUUAUCCCAAAAGAUUCCAGUAGCAGCGAAUCGAGUUAAGUCGGAAGAGACGAAAGCACCAUUCGGUCUGGGAAUAGGCGCCCAAGAUGAAUUCCAGCCGGCUGAAAAUCAUAGAUUCUCUUUGAUCCGACGGCUUUCCCUAUACAAUACUGGUAAAUCUUCUAAAUCUCCGAAAAACUUGUUUCAGACCAUCUUUUGCCCACGUAAUACAGAACAGGGCGUCCCAUCCUUCCCCUACUGGGGCCCUGACGGCCAUCUACCGCUUCGAAGGGACUCGGCAGAUACGGUUUUUCUAUAUGAGAUGGCUCGCUCUGCUCCACUACGGGCAUCGACUCCCAGCGACCUUGAAUAUUCUCAUUUGGGGAGGCUAAAACUUGGCUCACUUCGCGUUGUAAAUGGUAGUGCUUCACCGGCUCCAAGUGACAGAGUUCCGAUGAGCGUGAGACGCCAAUCAUUUUCCGACAUGAAAAGCAUACAUUUGGACCUCCGUAACUCUGCCGAUUUGCUACAAACUCGUAGCCGAGACUGGGGAGACGGCUAUUCCACCAGCAAUCUACAACAAACCUAUACUCAUAGCUCACAUCUAGAGCCAUCGCCAAAUAGAUCGAGAACACCUCAAAGUGGCCAUGGCAAAAGCCCGCUGAGACCGGAACACGGGAUAUAUGCACCAACGCCAUCUAACAACAAUGAUUUAGGCCUCCCAGUUUUCAGGCUUUCUUGGCCAGGGAACCCGGAAGCAUUUCUUGGUAUCUCCUCUACUGCUAGUAGCAAGCAUGAUCUCUCCAUGCAACCUAACGCAGCAGCAAGUCCAUCACUUGAGCUUAGCCAGGUUCUCCAGACAACUUCCAAGGCAAAUGAAUUUGAUGACAAUCUGUUCGAAGAUGAAGGUGUGGAGAUUUUAUUAACAGGGAAAGAUGAAUCUAUUGAGCAUGAAUAUAACGAAGAGUGCAAUCGAGGACGGCCGAUAGAGAGCUCGACACGAGGUAGUACUGUCACUAUGAGAGGCCGAAAAGUAUAUCCUCUGACCAAAGCAGAUAGCGGAUACAGUACUGCUUCUUCGAAUAGGUCUCUACGGCGCCACAAAAUGUCGUUGACUAAGAGGAGCGAUGGCGAGGAGAUAACCCGAACGUCAAAUGCGGAGACAAGCAGAGCUACUAAAGUUAUUGAGGAAUGCAAUGAGUCAAUCACUUCGCCCCGCUCAUCAUCUUUGUCGAAAUCACCUCCCCCGGUACCGCGGAAAGAUACGCCACCGUACUUGAAAAGCCCAAACUUGGACCAACAUUGCCAGAGACACGGUGAAUUUGCUCGAACUCAGCCUCUGAAUGUCCGUUCAAGCGCCAGUUAUUCACAACGCCUGAGUCGUAUAAUAACAACAUAUGAUGGCCCGAAGACGACAAGGGUAGAUUCCCGCGCUUCAUCUCCAUCUCCAGUGUUUCUGGGUGAAGGGUUCCGCUCAUUUCUAGCUGAUACCACUGCAGAACGAGGACAAACCUCUUGGCCAUGCAAACCUGGUUUCUUGCAAUAUGAUCCAUUCGAAAGCUUUGAGCCCAACCCCCUCGGUAACCAUGUAAACAGAUCCACAGCCCCUAUCCGUCGAUCUAUAUCGGUUCAAACCAAAAUGCCAAGUAAGAUGGCUCACAUCGCUUCCUGCCCACACCAUCUCCAUCAUCCGCAGUCGAUGUCUAACCUAAAUAAAGUGGCGUGUGCUCCAACGUCGAACUCGGACCCGGAUCACUACAUGUGUAAACAACAACAUGAACAAGAACAGGAACAACGUCAGAAUGAGCGCAACCGAUACAUGCGUGGCUCACUUUUCCGAAGUCUCAGCAUGAGCAAAAAACAGAGCACGGCCGUUAGCGACCGCACGAGCAUUUUCGGUUACAGGCGGAUGUCCAAACCCAAUAACUCAGCACUUGCACAGGAUACAUCCUCCACAACCGCAACUGUAACAGGAAUAACUAUUGUAAGCCCAAGCCCAGCUGAAGAAGGCGAUUUUUCCCUCGAGGCUCAAGAUUUGAUGGUGUCCGACAAGCCUUCUUCACCCCGCCAAAGACCUGGUGCCCAUUACAACAGUAGAAGAACAAAUCCCCGCGUUUCCUCGACAUUUACGGCACCUUUUCCUGCUGUGCCCGGACCUCAGGAGUCGAAGAAGGUAGUUAAGCCUAGUCGAAGUUUCGUACGGGGAGCGGAGGGCAGAAAGGACUCGAUUUUCUGUGUUGGCUUUUCCCAAUCCCAGUCCCAGGCCCAGAAGCUGGCAGGAUUUGAAUGA